AUGUCUCAAUCUCCUUUUGAUAUCCCCUUUGAUGAGCUUCCCAACCCCAAGCAGGUUUGGGCGGGAAAGCCUGGCAGCUACGAGGAGGGGCUAGGUAAACUGGCAAUUCUGACCCCCGAAGUGGUAGCCAAGGCGGCUGCGAAUGAGAUCAAGACUGGCCGUCGUGUCACUAUGGGAUGGGAGUUGACCAAACUGGACUAUCCCAAUCUCAACCGGCAGUCAUGUCACCAUCAAAUUGUGCCCCUCCUCGGAGGUAUUGCAUUUGAUGAUAUUUAUACGAUGAAUCCUCAACAAAGUAGCCAGUGGGAUGGACUGCGCCACUUUUCUCAAACAGUCCCUGGUCAAUCCGAGCGUGUUUUCUACGGCGGAACGACAGCUGAAGAAAUUAACGAUCGUGGAAAUGAUCGCAUCGGACUUCAACAUUGGGCGCGGGAAGGAAUUGCCGGACGUGGAGUAUUGAUCGACUAUGCCACAUGGGCUGAGAAAAAGGGGAUUGAAUAUUCGACUUUUUCGACGCACCAGGUGCGCUUGUCGGAUAUUCUUGAAAUUGCCAAGGAAAGCAAUAUCACCUUCCAAAAGGGUGAUAUCCUCUUUGUUCGCGUUGGAGUCACGAAAGAAUGGGACACCGUAAUGACGGAUGCCCAAAAGAAGGCCUACUCUGAGAAUUCCAGUCCUGAACACGCCGGCGUGGAAGCGACAACUGAUGUGCUCCGGUGGUUGUGGAACAGCGGAUUCGCCGCGAUUGCCAGUGAUGCCAUCAGUUGGGAGGUUUACCCUCCUCAAUCCCCCGAUGUCUUCCUGCAUGAGUAUGUACUCGCAGGAUGGGGCAUGCCGAUCGGGGAACUCUUCGAUCUAGAGGUGUUAUCGCGAACUUGCGAGGAGCUGCAGCGGUGGAGCUUCUUCGUGGCGUCCGUGCCAUUGAAUAUGCCGGGUGGUGUAUCCUCUCCUCCCAACAUGAUGGCCAUCUUCUAG